UUGAGCAAUCGCACAUAUUUACCGGUUUAAUUUCGGCCAGCUGUUUACUUUUCUUAAAGCAUUAAAAAAGUGUUUUUAUUCAUGUUAUAUAUGAAUAUCGAAGUGUAAUUUCCCACGUAUCACUUUUAAUACUUAUCUCGCAUUGCUGAAAUUUGUACGCCUCCGCCAUGAGUGAUCAAAAAACAGUAGAUUUGCUGUGGAACUGUGCCAACAAACUAUCUGAUGAAACCCACACAGAACGGAUCCUCAAAUCCUAUUACAUAACCACCUGUAGGAAGCUGGCCCGGCACAAUGUCCAGUUGCCCGAGGAUAGCUUUGGACCCGCACGCAUGUGCUCCCGCUGCGGAAACCAGUGGACAGGUGGCCGCUAUCAGCUCCACCUCCAGCCACAAGAACUGAAGCAGAGCGCUAAGAACCGGAGACUAAUCGCCAAGCUGGAAGCCGUGAAGGCCAAGAUGGCAAAGGGCGAGAUGAACAGCGGGGCCAGAAAACGGGCCAAGUGGCUGAAGAAGCGUAUGGCCAGCAACAUGGCCGUGGACUGCGAUGUUUGCCAUCACAAGACAAUGUUGGCUUUGGAGAAGGGCAGAAAGCGCGCCAAAGUAAGAGCCACGGAGGAGACAAUGGCAGCCACACAACCUGCGCCAGCGGGCCAAAACAAAAAGAAGGCCAAAAGGAAGAAGUCUCAGGCGCCGAAUAAAGAUAUCAAUGCAGGCCUGAAAAUGCAGCAAAAAGCGCCCCAGCAACAGCAGCAGCCUUCCAAAUCGCCAGCGCCGUCCAAAAAGGCGUCCCAACCAGUCGGCAUAGCUGCCCAAAACCCAAGUCAGACAUCGAAGAAGAAAAAGAAGAAGCCUGCCCAUCCGGCGCCCGCCGCACCCAAAACGCAGUCCAAAACCCAGAAGCAGAACGUACUGCUGCAAAUAGCCGCCCAGCUGAAGUCGAGCGCGUUUAAAGACGCCAGCAAAACGCAGCAGAAUCGCUUGCAAGCGUUCCUCAAGUAGCGUUCCAUGCAUUAAAGUACAAAGAAUGAAAAUACUUGUUGUGGCACAUAAUUAAGCGUUAGCACAAUACUAGAAUCAGCCUCUUUGUGCCGCUUGAUAAAGCCAGCCGAGGUGGGAACCUGUUAUCCACUCGCCCGGUCUUCUGGGUCGAAUCACGCAACGGCUAUGCACUUAUCACUGCUGCCCGAGACAAGUCCAGGCGGGGGGACCCAAGGUUGUCCAGAUAUUGCGCAGCCAACCUGGUCAGCAUGCUUAAUUUAUUUCUCGGAGCGCAACGUUUAAUUAAAAUUGAGUUGUUUGCCACAGCGUCCCAUGAACGCGUCCUUCAAAGCUGCUGCCCAAAAAGGGCAGCCGAUCGGCUCUGGACAGGCCGCUUUAUCUGCCGCCGAUUGCGAAGAGCACACGCACAGGAGAAGGCUCCAGACUCGGCUUCGACCCAUGCCCCUCUGCUUACCCCUUUCUGGACAGCAGACUCGGAUUUCUCGGCAGCUGCGGCAACAACAUCUGCCUGCCACAUUAGAAGAUUUCUGGUUCCACAGACUAGCCUCUCGGCACGAACAGCUUGUAUCAAAUGCAGAAUGAGCAAAAAAUAAGUUUAGUUUACAUAUAUAAUUUCAUUUUAAGAAUACUUAUUAAGUUACUUAAUAUAUAGAAAAUGUGAUAUACACACAUAAUUUGUAAUAGUUCGUUUUGAAGUUAAUAUAUACGUAACUCUGUAAUGCUUACAACAAUAUUAAACAAUAAUAUUUUGUAAUUAAGUAGGGAUGUCACAACUUCGACUAUCGAGUGUACAUUGUGUGCAACAAUGUAUUUGAUGGCACUUUAAGUAUCUAUAAGUCGUUCUACUUAUGGAAGCCCGGUCGUAGUGGAGCGGCCUGUUUUGCCAUUGCCAAAAUGGACAUGAUGCUCUCGAAAAUAUGAUAUCAGCAGCGUGAUCGGCUCUCCAAAUGUGGCAAGAGCGGUACAAUUUUCGGCUGCCUACUCCAGGAUGGAGCCUCCGAAUGGGACAUGCCUCUUAAGCGUGGGCCUUCAACUUCGCCAAGCCGGCCGGCUGUUUUAUUCCACCGAAAAGCAAAGCAAAGUUGUAUACUAUUUCAUUGCGACACUAAAAAUAUCAUUUAAAAUUUGAUGGGACUACAUCCAGAGUACAACAGUUGAUCAUAUAAAUCGCAGUACUUCUUAGCUAAAUUUCUUAGAAAUGUUAAAAUAAUCAUAGGAUGUUUAAUCUUGUCAUAUAGUUAUGAAUAAG